AUGUCCUACCCCUUAGUCUGCUUAGGAAACCCGCUCUUGGACUUGCAAGUCGAUGUCGAUGCCGCGUACUUGGCCAAGUACGAUUUGAAGGCCGACGACGCCAUCUUGAUCGAGGAGAAACACAAGCCUAUUUACGACGAGGUGUUGAAAAUGGACGGCUUGAAAUUGGUGGCUGGUGGAGCCGCCCAGAACACCGCGCGGGGUGCCCAGUACCUCUUGCCCGAGGGAAGCGUAGCCUACUUUGGCUCUGUGGGCAACGACGUGUAUGCGGAGAAGUUGAACGAGGCCAAUGCGCAGUACGGCUUGAAGACGCUCUACCAGGUCCAGGAAAACACCGCCACCGGCAAGUGUGCCGCGUUGAUCACCGGCAAGCACCGGUCCUUGGUCACAGACUUGGCUGCGGCCAACGAGUUCACGCCCUCGCACUUGCAGAAGCCCGAAAACUGGGCGUUUGUGGAGAACGCCAAGUACUUCUACAUUGGCGGCUUCCACUUGACCGUGUCGCCCGAGGCCAUCCAGCUUUUGGGCAAGCACGCCGCGGACAACAACAAGACGUUUGCCUUGAACUUCUCCGCGCCCUUCAUCGCGCAGUUCUUCAAGGAUGCGUUGGACGCGUCUGUGCCAUACUGUGACUACAUCGUGGCCAACGAGUCCGAGGCCGCGGCCUACGCCGAGUCCCACGGUUUGGACACCACCGACGUCACGGAGAUCGCCAAGCACGUGGCCAAGUUGCCCAAGGCCAACACCAACAAGCCCAGAACCGUUGUGUUCACCCAGGGCACCGAGCCCACUGUGACCGUGACUUACCACGCGGGCACGGACUCCUUCGACGUCAACUCCUACGCCGUCAGAGAGUUGCCACAGGAGAAGGUUGUGGACACCAACGGUGCCGGCGACGCUUUUGCCGCCGGGUUCAUUGCGGCUUUGGUGGAGGGCAAGGCCUUGGCCGAGGCUGUCAGCGUGGGCCAAUGGGCCGCGUCCAUCUCCAUCCAGGAGGUGGGCCCCACGUUCCCGUUCCCAAAACAGACCUACUCCGCCUAA